AUGCCUAACGAUUUAGCAAGGACGGUGGACGCCGUGCCCGCGGCUGCAACCGGACCCCGGGCGCUGCGGCGUAGGGAAGCGGCCCUCCCGAGAGUGGCGGCCGCGGAGACUCGGAGCCGCAAAUCCCCGCUCCCGGGCCGCCCGGCUCCCCGCGCGCCGGGGCCGGCGGAGAGGGCAGGGCCGAGCGGCACGAGGCUGGGGGCCCGCGGCCGUGGCCGCGGGCCGCCGGGCGGGAGGCUGGGGGGCCGGGGCCGGGGCCGCGCCUCGGAGCGGGUCGGAGGCCGAGGCAGGGGCCGAGGGGCGGCGGCUCCCCGCGCGGCGCCAGGGGCUCGGGGACCCCGGCAGAGCCCCGGUGGGGCCAUGGCCGCCGGGAGCAUCACCACGAUGCCCGCCCUGCCGGACGACGGCGGCAGCGGCGCCUUCCCGCCCGGCCACUUCAAGGACCCCAAGCGGCUGUACUGCAAAAACGGGGGCUUCUUCUUGCGCAUCCAUCCCGACGGCCGAGUGGACGGCGUCCGGGAGAAGAGCGACCCGCACAUCAAACUACAACUGCAAGCAGAAGAGAGAGGGGUCGUGUCUAUCAAAGGAGUGUGUGCCAACCGCUAUCUCGCUAUGAAGGAGGACGGCCGGUUACUGGCUUCUAAAUGUGUUACGGAUGAGUGUUUCUUUUUUGAACGGUUGGAAUCCAAUAACUACAACACUUACCGGUCAAGGAAGUACUCCAGUUGGUAUGUGGCAUUGAAGCGGACGGGGCAGUAUAAACUUGGACCUAAAACAGGACCUGGCCAGAAAGCCAUACUUUUUCUUCCGAUGUCUGCUAAAAGCUGAUCUUAAGGGUACCAUCUGAUCUCGUUUCACAUGAUGGAAGAGGUAUAUUUUAGGAAUUUGUUAAUGAGAGGAAAAGAAAAUGUGUGCAGCUAUCUGCUCAGUUUGGAUAACUGGUCAGAUAACCUUUGAUCUAAUAGUAAAAUAUUUAACCAUUGCCUUAGUAAAGAAAAACAACAAGAAUUCUUGGAAAAUGUA